UCCCUCUGGUGUUUUGAUCUCUCUCUUUUUUAAAUUUAUUUAUUUUUUACCUAAAUCCGCAGAUUUGGCUGGCCCAUCAACACCGCAUAAAAACCCAACUGAAGCAAUGUAGACCCUUGCUGGGAAUCCACGUCCGUCUUUAUUAAGGAAAUAAAGAAAUCGCACAUAGCCCCGUCGCGGACUUGUUCUCAACUGCUCAAGACUGUAUAAAAGGCAAAUAAACCAGAAACAGUAUGCUCUGCGCUUUCAAAAAACUCAGUGUUUUAAUUGUUGUAUCUGUAGCUACUAUGUGACCAUCAGUGUAGUUUGGUGGGGUAAGUGUGUACCUGCGGGUUAGUGACUGAUCCCAGGUUAUUCACGUGUAACCAAAGUCACUUCCGUGGCGUGGGACGCGACGGUGAACCGGCACUCUUCGCCGUUUUCUUGAUGUUCCCUUGCAUCCGUCUCUCAGCGUACUCAGAAAGAACAGAAGACAACGAACCAGCUUCACAACCGAGAUUACAGCAGGACGUUACAGAAUGGCAGAACUCCAGAUGUCCAGAUGUGUGUGCAGGCUACAGAUUGGCCAGGGAUGUAUUGGAUGUCAGUCCUCUUGUGGAUAGUGGGUGUGGCAGGAGCUUGGGACUCACCCUGGCCCUGCCCUCAGCGUUGUGAGUGCUUACAUGAACUUCUCAUUGUCAACUGUUCUUCAGUUCACAUGACCUCUGUACCUGAGGGCAUCUACGCAAAGAGCCUACACCUCAACCUGUCGAAUAAUCAUCUUAAGAUACUUGAACGGCGGCAGUUCUCCAACCUGGCAGAGCUACAGGAGCUUGACCUGAGUGAGAACAUGCUUUCAAUUAUCAAGUUCGAAGCAUUCCUUGGUCUGCGGCGCCUACUGACUCUGCGGCUGUCCCAGAACCGGCUCAAGAUUAUUCCACUUGGUGUGUUUUCUGGACUUCUGAGUCUUCGCCUGCUGGACAUCAGCAAGAAUGAGAUCCUCAUCUUCCUGGACCACACAUUCCGUGACAUGGCAUCUUUGCAGAAGCUGGAUGCCAGCAGGAAUGAUAUUGUGUUUAUCUCCAAGCUUGCCUUCAGUGGCCUCCUGAACCUACAGGAGCUGAACCUAGACAGGUGUAACAUCACAUCAGCGCCAGCUUUGGCAUUGUCUCAGCUUACUGGACUGACACGGCUGCAGUUCUGCUGGGUUGGCUAUACAGUACUGCCCAACAACUCGUUCAGGUGGCUGGGCUGGGUAAGGGAGCUGACCAUUUCCAACUGCCCCUGGCUGGGAUCACUAGCCACCAAAAGCCUGAUUGGCCUAAACCUAACUUCCUUGACACUCAGCUACUGCAACCUGAGCUCUGUUCCCUAUGUCCCUCUGCAACACUUGGUCUACCUGCGCUACUUGGACCUGUCCUAUAACCCCAUCACCUCCAUCCAGCCUAACCUGCUGGGAGACCUUCUUCAGCUGCAGGAGUUCCACUUGGUUGGUGGGAGCUUGCAGAAGGUGGAGCCGAGAGCAUUUCAAGGACUUGUCCACUUCCGCCUGCUUAAUGUGUCAUCCAAUCAACUGUCAACACUAGAGGAGAUGGCCUUCCACUCAAUGAAGACUCUCCAGGUGCUAAGGCUUGAUGGGAACCCACUCACCUGUGACUGUCGCUUGCUCUGGGUACUGCACAACCGUUUGGAUUUGGACUUUGACGGGGUGCCACCUGUAUGUGCCUUACCUGUGUAUAUGCAAGGCAGAACAUUUUUGGACUUCAGUGCGGCUGAAGUGCCAAGGCUGUUCACCUGUCGGCAGGCACGUAUUCUGAACCGCAAGCCCCAGGAAGUGCGCACUGAUGAGGGCCAUACGGUCCAGUUCUUCUGCCAGGUGGAUGGAGACCCCACCCCCUCCAUCAUUUGGGUGAGCCCCCACCGCACCCUCCUAACUACUACCGGUCGGAUCCGUGUGCUCUCCAAUGGAACUCUUGAGGUGCGGUACGCACAGGUGCAGGAUAGCGGAUACUACUACUGCUUUGCCUCCAAUACAGCGGGAAACGACAGCAUUUCCAUUAGUCUGCGGGUCUGCGGCUCUCCUGAAUCUUCAUACCAAAAUCACUCUCCCCAGUUCUUCUUGGAGGGGUGGAAUCUGGCAGCCAUCAUUCCAUCAGACAACCCAACAGUCAGCACCUCCCAGGGUAUUCCAUUUGACAUGAAGACACUGGUGAUUGUGAUGACGAUGGGCUCUGUGUCAUUCCUGAGCUCUGUGGCAGUCUGCUUUGUGUUCAUCUUCUUCUGGAGCCAGAGCAAAGGGAAAAUCAAACACACAGCCAAAGUAUCCUUUGUACCUCGCAGUGCAGCAAUAGCAACAGAGAAAGCAGAGAGAGCAGAGGCUAACAUGGAGACCGCCAAACUCACCAUGAGGCUCUGAGCAGACCUAGCAACAUCAAGCCCUGAUUUGCUCUUUGGUUAAAAUCAAAUAUUCAGUUGGUUUGAUUGACACAUUUUAGGCUUAUUUACAACAUUUGUCAAUUGUGUCUUUCAAUUUGUUAUUUAGUUUUGUUUAUAAUUAUGCUAUAUCAUCCCUGUCUUUAAAUCUUCUUAUUCUGAUGCUACAAAAAGGCAUUUUUGAGAUGAAGAUUAAGAUUAACAAAGGCACGGUACUCUGUAAUUAUUGUUGAUUAAUGUCAGCACUGACUGGGAAGGAAUAGUGUUGCAGGACAGACCCAUCCCACUGACUGAUGAAAUUAAUUAAUGCAGGCUUUUAGUUUAUCCUAGGAUCCAACACUGUGUGGUAUAUUGUACUCGCUGCACUAUUAGUGGUGCAGAAAACUGAUGUGCACGUGUGAUGGACUCAUGACUUAUGUUUGAGGACAGCACAUUUUAUAAUCUUUGCCACAAUUAAAAUUUAGAACUACAUAAAAUUCUAUUAAUUAUUAGCAAAAGCAGCAACCCUUUAUGGUUUUAAAUACUUCACCUUUAGCUUCUGUUCAUUGCACUUUUCUUUUGUGUGUAAAUAAAAAACAAAAACAAACCAAUAAACUAAAUAAAGAAUUAAGUACCGAUCAGCACUUCUUGUAAAACAACAAACAUUUUUUGUGGACCAAAAUGAUUUCUUUGAUAGUACAUUUCAUGUUCUGUUCAUAGAUCAAAGCACUUCAGCCUGUUUUUGUUGUACCGGUCCACAUUUGGAGACUUUUCUGAGAAGCUAGAGGAACUGGUGUGUGCGGGAACUAAACUAUCUUAGUCCAUCGCAGCUAGCCCACAAGUUUUAUUUAAAAAACACAGGAAGACUUAAAGACUAAGAAUACUUAAUGACUAAGAAGACAUUGGGCAAACUGAAAGCUCCAUGGAGAAACAUGAUGACAGCACAAGUAGAAAAAAUACAACUGUAAACAAAGCUUUUCUAACUUUAAUCAGGGAUGGGCAUUGCCCCCAAAGAUUCUCUCUGCCCAACCAUGCACAUUGCAAACAAGGCCGUUUUUCUUUAACUUGUGCCAUUCUCUCUGAACCAAUCACAAAACAGUGUUUUUGCUGUUCAUUGUAAAGUUAUUUCCGAUUGACUGUUUGAAAUCUAAGACUAGCAUCAUAGAGCUCAGCAGAGCAGACAGGUUUGAAUUUUCACUACAAAGAGGAGUGGUAGCUAUUGGGGUAAUUUAAACAGUUUUACGAGUUUAAACACAUCCACACAGUAAUGUUCGUUUUUAAUUUUGGUGAUUUAUUGCUUGAUAUUUCUUUCACAUUUCUAACUAUAUUUACUUUUAAUAUUUUUGGUGCUUGCCUUAUAAACUUGUUUUAUUAGCAGUUAGCCAUUAGAUAGUAGCAGCUGUUCUCCAUUAGCUUGGCCUG